AUGGCGGAAGCUUCAGUCAAACCAACUCCCCUCUUGAAGGAUCAACUUGAUAUCGUCAUCCCCACGAUUCGAAAUCUCGAUUUCUUGGAGAUGUGGAGGCCGUUCUUCGAGCAGUACCAUUUGAUCAUCGUUCAAGACGGUGACCCGUCCAAGACCAUCAACGUCCCCAAGGGUUUCGAUUAUGAACUCUACAAUCGGAACGAUAUUAAUCGCAUUCUUGGUCCCAAGGCCUCUUGCAUUUCCUUUAAGGACUCUGCUUGCCGAUGCUUCGGUUAUAUGGUUUCCAAGAAGAAGUACAUCUUCACAAUUGAUGACGAUUGCUUUGUUGCUAAGGACCCCUCAGGCAAAGAUAUCAACGCGCUCGAUCAGCACAUAAAGAACCUUCUCUCACCGGCCACCCCACAUUUCUUCAACACUCUGUAUGAUCCAUACAGAGAAGGUGCAGAUUUCGUUCGUGGAUACCCCUUCAGUCUCCGUGAGGGUGUCCCAACGGCUGUCUCCCAUGGACUUUGGCUUAACAUUCCUGACUAUGAUGCUCCCACGCAGCUCGUUAAGCCGCGUGAAAGGAACACUAGGUUUGUAGAUGCAGUCUUGACAAUUCCAAAGGGAACCUUGUUUCCCAUGUGUGGAAUGAACCUGGCAUUCAACCGUGAACUAAUUGGACCAGCUAUGUACUUCGGACUCAUGGGCGAUGGCCAGCCAAUCGGACGAUAUGAUGACAUGUGGGCUGGUUGGUGUGUGAAGGUGAUUUGUGACCAUUUGGGGUGGGGAGUGAAGACAGGGCUGCCCUACAUAUGGCACAGCAAAGCCAGCAACCCAUUCACCAACCUCAGAAAGGAGUACAAAGGGAUCUACUGGCAAGAAGACUUAAUCCCGUUCUUCCAGUCRGUCGUCCUCCCGAAAGAAUGCACGACCGUGCAGAAAUGCUACAUCGAGCUGUCGAAGCUAGUCAAGGAGAAACUCGGCCAUAUCGAUCCRUACUUYAUUAAGCUCUCUGAUGCCAUGGUCACUUGGAUUGAAGCUUGGGAUGAGCUCAACCCUUCUGGAGAGGACUCCACAAGCCCUGCCAAGUAAAAGUAGGUUUUUGAAGAACCCAAUAUGAAGAAUGGAGAUGYAAUAGAUUUGAUGAGUCUUUUGCUAGUUUUCUUAAUACUAUUGCCAUAUUUUUUCCCCCUUCAGUACAACACUUUAAAGCUUAGAAUGUUUGCUGUUCUUUGUUUUGUGUAUCCUUCUCUGCCAAACAUUGAAUUUAGCUCUCAAUAACAUGGGUAGGCUUUAUUAA